AUGACUCCAAAGCCUAAAGUGCUGGGCGUGGCUGAAAAGCCGGAAGCAGCCAAACAGAUUGCAACAAUUUUGAGUGGAAACAAUUUCAAGAGGAGAGAAGGAAAAUCAAAGUUUAACAAAGUAUUUGAGUUUGAAUAUAGAAUGAACGGACAAGUAGUAACCAUGUGCAUUACAUCGGUGUUGGGCCAUUUGAUGGAGUUGGAUUUUGAAGGCAAAUUCCGAUCAUGGGCUUCAUGUGAUCCGAUUGUUUUGAUGGAUGUUUCAACACCAGUGAUACGUACUGUUCCAGAAAAAAAUGCUGAAAUUGAAAAGAACCUUGAAAACGAAGCCAGAAAUGCAAGUAAAUUAAUUUUAUGGCUCGAUUGCGAUAGAGAAGGAGAAAAUAUUGCAUUCGAGGUCAUUGAAGUUUGUAAACGAGUCAAUAGAACGCUCUCUAUUGAAAACAACACAAUUUUAAGAGCUAGGUUUUCAGAAUUUACUCCAGCAGCAAUUAACAGAGCAAUUAGAAAUUUGGAAAGACCAAACGUUUUGGAUAGCAUGGCAGUGGAUGCUCGACAAGAGUUGGAUUUGAGAAUUGGUGCAAGUUUUACUCGAUUUCAAUCAAUGAGGCUUCAAAAAAAGUUUCACGGAUUACCUGGAGAUGUCAUUAGUUAUGGACCAUGUCAAUUUCCAACUCUUGGAUUUGUUGUAAAGAGAGAUUUGCUCAUUAAGAAUUUCGAAAGUGAAAAAUUUUGGACGUUAAAUUGCUCUCAUGACAUGGGCGAAGAGGGAAAAGCCCAAUUUUUGUGGAAACGAGGACGAUUAUUUGACCAUCUGACCUGUCUUGUACUGUACGAGUUGUGCGUUGAAAAUCCAACAGCAACAGUUACACGAGUUGACAAAAAACGAAGAACCAAACAACGACCUGUUCCUCUCAACACCAUUGAACUCCAAAAAUUAGCAUCUCAAAAAUUGCGCAUGAGUUCGCACGACACGAUGAAAGUGGCAGAGUCCUUGUACAAUAAGGGUUUCAUCAGUUAUCCCAGAACAGAGACAAAUAACUAUAAUCAGUUUUCAGAUGACGAUUUGAAAAAUCUAAUUCAAGAACACUCUACAAAUCCAGUUUGGGGACAGUAUGCCUCGGACUUAUUGAAUGGAGGCUAUCGAAAGCCAACCAGUGGCAAACAGGAUGACAAGGCUCACCCUCCUAUUCACCCUCUCAAAGGAUCUUGUCAGACGAAUGAUCAGAAAGAGCAAGAUUUAUACGAAUUAAUAUCAAGACAUUUUCUCGCUUGUUGCUCUCAAGAUGCGUUGGGUUCAGAAACGAAGGUUCACAUUGUCAUUGCUAAUGAAGAGUUUACUUGCUCUGGACUGAUGGUUGAACAAAAGAAUUAUCUCGAAAUUUGGAAAUAUGACAAAUGGUCCGACAAGAGCAUUCCAGUGUUUCAACAAAAUCAACAAUUCGUUCCAACUUCACUUCUGAUGGAUGAAGGGGAAACAAGACCACCUCCACAUCUUUCUGAAUCGGAUCUCAUUUCGGCCAUGGACUCCAAUGGUAUUGGAACUGAUGCUACAGUAGCUCAGCAUAUCAAAACAAUUCAAGACAGAGGAUACGUGAUCAAGAGAGGAAAUAGAUUUGAAGCAACUAAUUUAGGAAUAGCACUUCUGCAGGGCUAUGACCUUAUUGGCUAUGAACUGUCAACACCCAAUCUGAGAGCUAAAAUGGAAAAAGAUAUGAUGUGUAUUAGUCAAGGACAAAUCACAAAGGAUGCCGUUAUUAAUCAAAGCUUGGCAAUGUACAAGCAUGUGUUUAUGCAAAUUUGUAAAUCUGCCCAUUUGUUGGACAAGGCUGUUCAACAACAUUUCAAACCUAUUGGAGAGUCAGGACAAAGUAAGGUCUUGGUGAGAUCCUUCUCAAUGUGUGGCUGUGGAAACAGCAUGGAUUUGAAAGAGCAAGACGGGCAUCGCUUUUUAUUUUGCAAAAACUGCAAAGAGGCCUAUAAUUUGCCAAGCAAGUGCGAAUAUGAGAGCAUUUCAGAUCAAUGUCCAAUAUGUAACUUCCAGGUAUUGGACGUCACCACCCAGAAGAACACUAAUUACAAAAUAUGCCCUAACUGCUUUAACAACCCGCCAGAUUUAGAGAAUGCAGGGGCAGAAACCCAUGCAAAUGGAUUUAGAUGCUUUAGCUGUACCUUUCAGGAAUGUAAAUACUCCAAGAAGCAAGAGGCAUUUGUAAGAAAAUGUCCCAAAUGCUCCAAGAAUAUGGUUGUCAAACAAGGAAAAGAAGGCAAUUUCUACAUUGGAUGUAAGGGGUUCCCUUCAUGUAGAACUGCUAUUUGGAUGCCCAAGUCCAUAACAAGUGUUGAAGUAACCUCGGAUAAGUGUCUAAAUUGUAGUACAAGAUUGGAAUCUGUAUUCAAAACCAAGUUCAAAAUUUCCAGAGAUGGUACAUUUCUUCCUUCUCAUAUUCAAUCGGAACAUGUCACUUGUAUUUUUUGUGACACUGAUUUUAAUGAGAUUUUCAGUAUUAGCCUUAGUGCUCUUAAUCAGACUGAUUCAAAUAAUGAAUCUGGUUCUGUAGCCAUUCAUAGUAACAGCAACAACAUUAAUACAGGAAGGUCCAGAACGGUAGCUUCCUUUCAGUCCACUCGAACCUCUCCUCAAACAACAACUAUGCAUACUACCUUGAGAAAAAAAGAAAAAGCCCAUCGAGUACGGCUAACCAAAUUACCCUCGAUAAAAUGCUUGGAAAAAGAACUGGUAGGGACUUUAACACAUCACCCUCUGGAUAUCCAUCUAGCACCAAUUCAGGGACAUCACCAAGCAACGCCUACUCAUCUCACAAACGAUCAGAAGCACGGGAGCAAACCUCUCAACGCAAUUCAAACCAAAGUGGAAGUAACGAUAAGGUAA